GCUAUAUCGGAUACCACGCGAGACCUCGCAAGCUUUGCGACGGAGGCGCACGUUUCUCGAAAGCAUUGCUAACGUAGCCACAAUCUAGCUUCGCUUGACCCUCCAUGGCCCAGUUUCAGUGUCAAUGUCCAGAGGUUAAUCAAUUGUGUUGGGUAUUGGAUAUUGAGGUGUUAUUAUCCCUCUUCGGCUUCGAAUGCAUGGGACUGAGCUGCUGGUUCAGGAUCGACCAUUGCCAUCCUUGAAAAGUACAAAGUUGUGCUGAAUGUGUUGCUUCUGAGUCACAUUUGUUUUAAAGAGAACCAAAUUGACCGGAGAAGCUGUGCUGGGAUAGGAGUGCAGCGAGAUACCUCAAUUCCGACUUACGUUUAUUGGCAAAGUGACUUCGAGAUGGAUGGAUUGAAUGAUAACGUUUCUUCUUACCUUAAAAAUCCGCUACCAGUCUUCUACUCAAGUUUACCUUCACAUGAUGAGACUGACCAAAAAGUUGAGAAAUCCUUCCGUGCGGACCAAGUUGCGAAGAUCCGGGCUGCGGUGGCUGAAUUGCUGGUAUUUGGAUUCAGUGGAACUUCAAUGAAUCAUCACGCCAGAAGACUCAUUACGAUGGGUGCUGGAGGAGUGAUUCUUUUCAAUAGGAAUUUCAAAGAUCCUGAACAGGUUGCACGUCUUUGUGCCGAUCUAAAAAGAGAAGCCGGCAAUAGGCCAUUGCUAAUAAUGGUUGAUCAAGAAGGGGGUUACGUGCAGCGGUUUGGGCCCCCAUUUACUGUCAUCCCUCAUGCAAGAAUAGUUGGGGAUACUUCUGAUCCAGAAGCUGCUGGAGCAAUAGCAAGUGUGAUAGCGAAGGAGCUUAGAGCAGUAAAUGUUGACAUGAAUUUGGCCCCAGUUUUAGAUGUAGAUACGAAUCCUGAGAACACAGUCAUUGGCAAGAGGUCCUUUGCGACAACCCCUGCUCGCGUUGCUAAUUUAGGAUUCGCCUACAUAAGGGGUCUACAAUGUGAAGGCGUUGCUGCCUGUGCAAAGCAUUAUCCAGGCCAUGGGGACACGACCCUUGAUAGCCAUGUUGACCUUCCCCUUCUACCCCACAGCCUGACACGCUUAGUGGAGAUUGAGAUGUCUCCUUUUGCGAAAGCCGUGGACGCUGAUGUUGCAGCAGUCAUGGUGGCUCAUAUUGACGUGCCUUGUUUCAGUGGACGAACAGAAUCAGCAAGAAAACCUGCCACCAUGUGCGUGGAUACAAUAGCUUAUUUGAGAGAUGCUCUACUCUUUGAAGGAGUUAUCAUUUCGGAUUGUAUGGAGACGGGCGCCAUUGUUAAGGAACACAGGAUUGAAGAAGCUGCCGUACAGGCUGUUCUUGCUGGCAUUGAUAUGGUGUUAGUAUCACAUACUUUGUCACGACAAAUUGCAGUUGUGGAUGCUUUGGUUCAAGCGGUUUUAACAGAACGUAUUCCUUAUCGACGGGUAAUGGAUGCCGUCAGUCGUAUAUUCACUCUAAAACAGACGUAUGUGAGGUCUUCCUUUCAAGAUUGGAUAGAGAAGGGGUUGAGGGAAUUUGAGAUUCAGCAGAUAGGAUGCAAAGAGCAUCAUGAUAUUGUUGCCAAUAUUGUUUAUCAGUCUGCUGCAAUUAGGGGUGAGGCAACAACGAUUCCAAGAAGGAAGAGGCGUUAGCAAUUUUUGGUAGUUUCAGUGUACAAUUUAGUGAACAGGAAACAGUAUUCUGCUUGUCACAGCCAAACAUAGAUAUGUAUCGAUUCUUGCAUGCCAAUUGCAGCAGUCUGCAUGAGAUCGUGAGGUUCAGAUCUUCUGUAAUACAAUCGGGUAUGUUCAACUUUCAUGGCACACCCACUUCGGCUCAAUGACCAAUUUGUCAUGUCGAUUUA